GUGGAGACGAAGAUGGCGGCAGUGACGGUGACGGCGACGGCGACGGCGCGGCUCUCGCGGACGAGGACGAUUCGCCAGUGAGCGCGGAGAGUGGUUCCACCCCAGGCGGGCGGAGCGCCGGCCCGGCCCGGCCCGGCCCUGCUCCCCGGGUCGCGGAGCGUGCCGUCCUACCUGCGUGUGAACCGACCUUUCCUUCCCACCCCGCCCCCUCUGUCUCCCACCCGCCCGCCCCGCAGAGGCCAUGGAGGACGAGGAGAGGCAGAAGAAGCUGGAGGCCGGCAAGGCGAAGCUCGCCCAGUUUCGUCAAAGAAAAGCUCAAUCUGAUGGGCAGAAUCCUCCCAAGAAGCAGAAAAAAAAGAAAAAAACCUCAAGCAGUAAACAUGAUGUGCACAGUUUGAAUACUGAUCAAUCGCAGAGUGAGGAGAUGUACAUAAAUAGUUCUCAGGGAGUAGGAUCAGUCUUGACUCCUGAAUCAACAGGAAAGAGAACUCUGCACAGUGGAGAAGUAAUCAAGCGUGACCAGGUCUUCUCUGUUGAACCGGAAAGUGAAAUUUCAACCACAGCAGAUGAUUAUAGUUCAGAGGAAGAAGAAUUUGGUGUUGAUGAUUCUUAUUCUGAACAAGGUGCACAGUAUAGUCAGACCCAUCUAGAGAUGAUGGAAAGUGAAUUGGCUGGGAAACAGCAUGAGAUUGAAGAGCUAAACAGAGAACUAGAAGAAAUGAGGGCUGCCUAUGGGACUGAAGGACUGCAGCAGUUACAAGAGUUUGAAGCUGCCAUUAAACAAAGAGAUGGGAUCAUAACCCAGCUUACUGCUAAUUUACAGCAAGCAAGAAGAGAAAAGGAUGAGACAAUGAGAGAGUUUUUAGAGUUGACAGAGCAGAGUCAGAAAUUACAAAUUCAGUUCCAGCAUUUACAGGCGAGUGAAACUCUGAGAAACAGCACUCAUAGUAGCACAGCUGCAGAUUUACUACAAGCCAAACAGCAGAUCCUGACUCAUCAGCAGCAGCUGGAAGAGCAAGACCACCUAUUAGAAGAUUAUCAGAAAAAGAAAGAAGACUUCAAAAUGCAAAUUAAUUUCUUGCAAGAAAAAAUUAAAGUAUAUGAAAUGGAACAAGACAAAAAAGUAGAAAAUUCAAAUAAAAAAGAAAUACAGGAAAAAGAGGCAAUCAUUGAAGCAUUAAAUACAAAAGUAAUAGAAGAAGAAAGAAAAACUCUUGAGCUAAAGGAUAAAAUAACAGCUGCUGAUAAAUUAGUAGGAGAAUUACAAGAACAGGUUGUACAAAAGAACCAAGAGAUAAGAAAUACAAAAUUAGAGUUGACUAAUUCUAAGCAAAAAGAAAAGCAGUGUUCUGAAGAAAUAAAACAGUUAAUGGGGACAGUUGAAGAACUUCAGAAGAGAAAUCAUAAAGAUAGUCAAUUUGAAAUUGACACUGUGCAAAGGAUGGAACAAGAAGCACAAAGAAAGUUAGAACAACUUCGAGCGGAGCUGGAUGAGAUGUAUGGGCAGCAGAUAGUUCAGAUGAAACAAGAAUUAAUAAAACAACAUGUGUCACAGAUAGAGGAACUUAAAACACGACAAAAGGGAGAAAUAGAGACUGCUUUAAAGUCAUAUUCAAAUGUUAUAGUUAAUGAAGAUCAAAUAAAGUUAAUGAAUGUGGCAAUUAAUGAACUGAAUAUAAAACUACAAGAUAGUAACUCUCAAAAAGAAAAACUCAAGGAAGAACUAGGAGUAGUUUCAGGAGAAAAGUCUGCUUUGCAGGGACAGCUUGAAGACCUUUUCGAAGAAUUGAGCUUUUUAAGGGAUCAAAUUCAAAGAGCUAGACAAACAAUAGCCGAACAGGAAAGCAAACUCAAAGAAGCACAUAAGUCUCUUAGUACAGUGGAAGACUUGAAAGCUGAGAUUAUUUCUGCAUCUGAAUCCAGGAAGGAACUAGAGUUAAAACAUGAAGCUGAAGUUACAAAUUACAAGAUAAAACUUGAAAUGUUAGAAAAAGAAAAGAACGCUGUGUUAGACAGAAUGGCUGAAUCACAAGAAGCUGAAUUAGAGAGGCUGAGAACACAGCUCCUGUUUAGUCAUGAAGAAGAACUUUCUAAACUAAAGGCAGAUUUAGAAAUUGAACAUCGAAUAAAUAUUGAAAAACUUAAAGAUAACUUAGGCAUUCACUAUAAACAGCAAAUAGAUAGCUUACAGAAUGAAAUGAGUCAAAAGAUAGAGACAAUGCAAUUUGAAAAAGAUAGUUUGAUAACUAAGCAGAAUCAAUUAAUUUUGGAAAUUUCAAAGCUAAAAGAUUUACAGCAGUCCCUUGUGAAUUCAAAGUCAGAAGAAAUGACUCUUCAAAUCAGUGAACUCCAAAAAGAAAUUGAAAUACUCAGACAAGAAGAAAAGGAAAAGGGUACUCUUGAACAAGAAGUUCAAGAAUUACAACUUAAAACUGAAUUCUUGGAGAAACAAAUGAAAGAAAAAGAGGAUGAUCUUCAGGAAAAAUUUACACAACUUGAAGAAGAGAAUAGCAUUCUAAAAAAUGAGAAGAAAGCCCUCGAAGAUAUGUUGAAAACUUAUACUCCCGCUGACCAAGAAGAAAGAUUGAUUUUUAUAGACUCCACUAAGUCUAAAUCCAUAGGCUAUAACUGGCAAAAAGAGAUAGAAAUACUUACAGAGGAGAACAAGGACCUCAAACAACAAUGUAUUCAGCUAAGUGAAGAGAUUGAAAAGCAAAGGAAUACUUUCUCAUUUGCUGAAAAGAACUUUGAAGUUAACUAUCAAGAGUUACAGGAAGAAUAUGCUUGCCUUCUCAAGGUAAAAGAUGAUUUAGAAGAUAGUAAAAAUAAACAAGAAUUAGAGUAUGAAAGUAAACUUAAAGAACUUAAUGAAAAGCUUCAUUUGCAAAGAAUAAAUCCAGCUGUGGUGAAAGUUAGGAGUUCCAUCUUUGAUGAUGACACUUUUAUAGCAGAGCCAUUGGAAGUUGGUGAGGUUGUUGAGAAAGACACAACAGAACUUAUGGAAAAACUUGAGGUAACCGAGCGAGAAAAAUUAGAACUGACAGAAAAACUGUCAAAUCUCUCUGAACAAUUAAAACAGAAACACGGCGAGGUUACUAUUCUAAGCGAAGAAGUUAAAUCUCUAAAGCAUGAGAAUGAGCAAGUUUUACUGAAAUGUAGAGAGCUAGAAAGCGUAAUUAACCAUAACAGGGCUGGAGACAUAACAGAAAAUGGAAAUGAGUGUGAAGUUGAAUUAAGUUCUUUAGAAGAUGGAGUUGUAGCAAGGACAAGCAAGGAUUCUGGAGGAUCCAUUUCUGAAAUACGAAAAGAGUUUGGUGAAGAAUCAAACAUAGUGUUGAAAGACAAAAAUCCUUUUGAAAAUACAACUAUUAGAAAAAUAGGCAAGCAAGAUCAAUUGUUUUUGUCAUCAGUAACAAAUGAAACAUUGCCUGGGGCAUCUGAACUAAAUGAAAAUGAUAAACUCCAGCAGGAACUUCAUGUACUUAGAGCAGAACAGAAUGACUUAAGGCUGCAGAUGGAAGCCCAGCGCAUAUGCCUCUCCCUGGUUUACUCAGCUCAUGUGGAUCAGGUUCGUGAAUAUAUGGAAAAUGAAAAAGACAAAGCUCUUUGCAGUCUUAAAGAGGAGCUUGUUUCUGCUCAAGAGGAAAAGAUCAAAGAACUUCAGAAAAUACAUGAGUUAGAGCUACAAAACAUGAAAACACAAGAAACAGGUAAUGAAGCAAAGCCUUUACACAAGCUCAUUGGGAGACUGCAGAAGGCAGUGUCUGAAGAGUGUUCUGAUGUGUCAGAGGCUUUGUCCAAUGUCUUUGGUGAAUAUUAUGCUCCUACUUUAAAAUGUGAAGUCAGUGUGGAAGAGAGAGAGAAUUCUGGUGUUUACACUUCUGAAAAUCAAGAACCAGAAUUCCAAAAUUAUAGAUACAAAGUUGAAGACUUUCAAGAAAACAUGCAAACUCUUCUCAACAAAGUAGCAGAAGAAUAUAACAAACUUUUGAUACUCCAGACACGAUUAAGCAAGGUUCAAGGACAACAAACAGAUGGUGUGAAACUUGAAUUUACCAAAGAAAACCUGCCAGCAGAGGAAACCGAGUUUUUAUCAACCCAUUCUCAGAUGACUAAUUUGCAAAACCUUGAUGUCAAUCAUAAAAGCACGUUUUCAUCUCUGCAAGAUACAGAAAAAAUCAAACAUCUUGAAGAACAAGUUCAAGACUUAGAAAACCUCAUAUCCUCUUUGCAACGGCAAUUGAAAAAAACUGAAGAAAACUAUGGAGUAGAGAUUCAGUGUUUGCAGGAGAGGCUCCAGACUGUUAGCGAGUCCACAGUUCCACCAAGAUUAUUGGAUUGUCCAUCUGGAGAGUUAGGCUCAAGAUGGGACCUGAAAACUUGCAGUUGUAACAAGAUACUUCUGAGACACACAGCCUGUAGGUUGGCCAUUGGAAAUCACUACUUUAGACUUUCUGAUAUGAAAGAAAAUAGCUCCUCCAUUGAUUCAGCGGUAAUAAAAGAAUCUGAUGGACAGAGAACAGUAUAUGCUGGAAGUUGUCUAAAAGAGAAUAUUGAUGGUACAGUGGAGUUUUCUGGUGAAUUUGGAGUGAAACAAGAAACAAAUAUGGUUAAGUUGCUAGAAAAACAGUACCAAGAACGAUUAGAGGAAGAAGUAGCUAAGGUCAUUGUAUCAAUGAGUGUAGCAUUUGCUCAACAAACUGAACUGUCUAGACUAUCUGGUGGAAAAGAAAACACAACAUCAUCAAAAAAAGCUCACAGUCUCUGUCAGCAGGAAGAAGAGCAUUUCAAUGAAAUAAAAUUACCACAGGAUCAAGAUGGUCUUCAGACUUUUGAGGAAAUGGAAAUGAAAUUUAAAAAAGACUCUAAACCACUUAGUAAAGAGUUAGGAGAAGAUGGAAAAGAAGUUGUGUUAUCAAACAGUGAUGAUUUUGACAAUGUGCUAGAGAUAAAGGACCGUGGACUGACUAUUUCAGAAGAAAUAUUCUCCAAAGAUGAAACAUUUAUAGUCAGAGAAUCUAUCCAUAAUGAGAUGUUGGUAUCAAGCAUUGAUGCUUCAAGACAGCUGAUGUUACAUGAAGAACAGUUGGAAGAUAUGAGGCAGGAACUUGUGCGACAGUAUGAAGAACAUCAGCAGGCAACAGAACUGUUGAGGCAGGCACACAUGCGCCAGAUGGAGAGACAGCGAGAAGACCAGGAGCAGCUACAAGAAGAGAUUAAGAGACUUAACAGACAGUUAGCCCAGAGAUCCUCAAUAGAUAAUGAAAACCUGGUUUCAGAGAGAGAGAGGUUGCUUUUAGAGGAGCUGGAAGCACUAAAGCAGCUGUCUCUAGCUGGAAGAGAGAAGCUGUGUUGUGAGCUGCGCAACAGCAGUACGCAAACACAGAAUGAAAAUGAAAACCAAGUGGAAGUUGAGGAACAGACGUUUAAAGAAAAGGAAUUGAACAGAAAACCUGAAGAUGUACCUCCUGAUAUUCUGUCCAAUGAGAGGUAUGCACUCCAGAAAGCUAAUAACAGACUCUUGAAGAUCCUUUUAGAAGUUGUAAAGACAACAGCAGCUGUUGAAGAAACAAUUGGCCGCCAUGUCCUUGGGAUUUUAGAUAGAUCAUGUAAAGUCCAGUCAUCUAGCAACCUGGUUUGGAGAUCAGAAGCAGAGGCGUCUGUAAAGUCAUGUGUCCCAGAGGAACACACAAGAGUUACAGAUGAAUCCAUACCCUCUUAUCCUGGAAGUGACAUGCCAAGGAAUGACAGUAGCAUCUGGUCAAAAGUAACUGAGGAAGGCACAGACCUGUCACAGCGACUUGUAAGGAGUGGUUUUGCAGGAACUGAGAUAGACCCUGAAAAUGAAGAACUUAUGCUGAACAUUAGCUCUCGACUACAAGCAGCAGUUGAAAAACUUCUAGAAGCAAUAAGUGAAACCAGUAGUCAGCUCGAACAUGCGAAAGUCACACAGACAGAGCUGAUGCGUGAAUCAUUUAGACAGAAACAAGAGGCCACAGAAUCUCUUAAGUGCCAAGAAGAACUGCGAGAGCGCCUUCAUGAGGAGUCCAGGGCCAGAGAACAGCUGGCUGUGGAGCUCAGUAAGGCGGAGGGUGUCAUUGAUGGUUAUGCAGAUGAAAAAACUCUUUUUGAAAAGCAAAUUCAGGAAAAAACUGACAUAAUAGAUCGCCUUGAACAGGAGCUGUUAUGUGCAGGUAAUAGGUUGCAAGAAUUGGAAGCAGAGCAGCAGCAGAUCCAAGAAGAAAGAGAAUUGCUGUGCAGACAGAAGGAGGCUAUGAAAGCAGAGGCAGGCCCCGUUGAACAGCGACUAGUAAAUGCUGCAGUCGAUGCAGCACCUGGAACAGAGUUACUACAGGAGACAGAAAAACUAAUGAAGGAAAAGCUAGAAGUGCAGUGUCAAGCAGAAAAAGUGCGUGAUGACCUUCAAAAGCAAGUGAAAGCUCUAGAAAUCGAUGUUGAGGAACAAGUCAGUAGGUUUAUAGAGCUGGAACAAGAGAAAAAUGCUGAACUAAUGGAUUUAAGGCAGCAAAACCAAGCGUUGGAAAAGCAGUUAGAAAAAAUGAGAAAAUUCUUAGAUGAGCAAGCCAUUGAUAGAGAACAUGAGAGAGACGUAUUCCAACAGGAAAUACAGAAGCUAGAACAGCAACUUAAGGUUGUACCUCGGUUUCAGCCUGUCAGCGAACAUCAAACUAGAGAGGUUGAACAGUUAACCAAUAAUCUGAAAGAAAAAACAGACAAGUGCAGUGAGCUUUUGCUCUCUAAAGAGCAACUUCAGAGAGACGUGCAAGAGCGGAAUGAAGAAAUUGAGAAACUGGAGUGCAGAGUAAGAGAACUGGAGCAAGCGUUACUCGUUAGUGCCGAUACUUUUCAGAAGGUGGAGGACAGAAGACAACCUGGAGCUGUAGAAGCGAAAGCGGAAUUAUCUCUAGAAGUACAGUUGCAGGCUGAGCGAGAUGCUAUAGACAGAAAGGAAAAAGAGAUCACAAACUUAGAAGAACAAUUAGAACAGUUUAGAGAAGAACUGGAAAAUAAGAAUGAAGAAGUUCAGCAACUACAUAUGCAACUAGAAAUACAGAAAAAGGAAUCUACUACCCGCCUACAAGAACUUCAACAAGAGAACAAAUUAUUUAAGGAUGAAAUGGAGAAACUGGGACUUGCCAUAAAAGAAUCUGAUGCUGUCUCUACUGAGGACCAACAUGUGUUAUUUGGAAAAUUUGCUCAAAUCAUACAGGAAAAAGAGGUAGAAAUUGAUCAGUUAAAUGAGCAAAUUACAAAACUUCAGCAACAGCUGAAACUUACAACAGAUAACAAGGUUAUUGAAGAAAAAAAUGAACUCAUAAGGGAUCUUGAAACUCAGAUAGAAUGUUUGUUGAGUGAUCAAGAAUGUGUGAAGAAAAAUAGAGAAGAAGAAAUAGAGCAACUCAAUGAAGUGAUUGAAAAACUUCAACAGGAAUUGGCAAGUAUUGAACAGAAGGCUUCAGUGUAUGCUAAUUCUCCUUCAGAAGAAGCAGACAGUUUAAAACAUCAGUUGGAUAAAGUUAUGGCCGAAAAACUGGCUUUGGAACAGCAAGUGGAAACCACUAAUGAAGAAAUGGCUUUUACAAAAAAUGUACUUAAGGAAACCAAUUUUAAAAUGAAUCAACUAACACAAGAGUUGUGCAACUUAAAGAGAGAAUGUGAAAAUAAGGGGAAAGCCCAAAAUGUACCAGAGAACCGUGUUACUGUGGCUCUGGAUGACCUUAGCAAGAACAAACCUGACCUGGAAGUAGUCCCUGCUGAAGACGGUUUUAAUCCCCUAGAAAAUCUGAUUUACUUCCAGUCUUUUGAAGAAAGCACCAGAGUUUCUGGAAGUUUGGAAACAAAGUUGCUACAACUUCAGAACUCUGUUAGUACAAAGGACUUAGAACUUAUCCAGUGUUACAAACAAAUAAAGGACAUGCAAGAGCAAGGCCAAUCUGAAACAGAAAUGCUUCAAAAAAAGAUUUUAAACCUACAGAAAAUCCUUGAGGAGAAAGUAGCUGCGGCUCUUGUGAGUCAGGCCCAGCUUGAGGCAGUUCAGGAAUGUGUGAAGUUCUAUCGGGAUAAGCAAACAAUUUCCUCAGAACCUGAAAGGACUAGUAUACAGAAUUCAGAUCAAAUAACAGAAAACAAGGUGGAGUCAGAUGUGUCCAAAUUAACCCUGAGAAUAUCUGAAUUAGAAAGCCAGGUGGUUGCAAUGCAUAGCAGUUUGAUUUCAGAAAAAAAACAAGUAGAAAUGGCAGAGAAAAAUGCUUUGGAGAAAGAAAGGAAACUGCUAGAACUACAGAAGCUUUUGGAGGACAGUAAGAAAAAACAAGAAGGAAAAGAAAGGAAAAGAAGCCCACAAGGCGAUUUUGAAGUCCUCAAGACUCCUACUGAGGUAAUUCAUACCAGUGGGGAAAGUGGACUUUUUGAUGAACUUGAGGCUUUUAGAGCUGAGUCAGUGGCUACCAACAAAGAACUUGCCAGUUACAAAGAGAAGGUGGAGAAACUUCAAGAAGAGCUUUUGGUAAAAGAAGUAAAUAUGGCAUCUCUUCAGAAAGAUUUAAGCCAAGUCAGGAAUCAACUCACAGAGGCAGAAGACAAAUUAUCCCACUUCCUACUAGAAGGUGAUAAGGCUGAGGUACAAGAAAACAGAGAGAGCUUCAUAUUCGAGCCGCUUCCCAUUAAAGUGGCUCAAAGCUCUGCAUCCCAGACAGAGGAGGCUCUCGGGGUCCACAGCAGCAGUCAGACUCCGCAGACUCCGGUUAGAAACACAGGGGUUCAGAUUGAUACACAGAAUGGGUGUUCCUCAGAGGAAGUCACUGAAAUAAUAAGUCAGUUUACUGAGAAAAUUGAGCAGAUGCAAGAAUUACAUGCUGCCGAAAUUUUGGAUAUGGAAUCCAGACAUAUUUCAGAAACUGAGACUUUGAAGAGGGAACAUUAUGUCGCUCUUCAGUUACUGACAGAGGAAUGUGGGACCUUGAAGGCAGUGAUACAGCAUCUAAGAUCUAAAGAGGGGUCUUCAGUUCAUUCUAAUACUUACCAAACUAGAGAAAUAUGUUCCAGUGAUUCUGGAUCAGACUGGGGUCAUGGAAUUUAUCUUACACAAAGUCAAGGAUUCGACACAGGGUCAGAGGGCAGAGAAGAAGAAAUUGAAGGUUCAACAGAUUCAUUUCCAAAGAAAAUAAAGGGAUUGCUGAGAGCUGUUCAUAACGAGGGCAUGCAGGUGCUUUCUCUCACAGAGUCAUCAUAUGGUGAUGGAGAAGACCAUUCUGUUCAACAAGUUUCAGAAUCCUGGCUAGAAGAAAGAAGGGCAUACCUCAGUACAAUCUCAUCUCUUAAAGACUUAAUUACCAAAAUGCAAGUGCAAAGAGAAACUGAGGUUUAUGAUGAUUCUCAGCCUCCUGAGAAUCUUUCAGACUGGCGAGGCGACCUUUUGCUUGCCCUGCAACAUGUUUUCCUAAAGGAGCGCAGUGUUUUACUGGCCGCGUUCCAGACCGAGCUGGCAGCUCUAGGUACCAGAGAUGCAGCUGGAUUACUGAGCUGCUUGGAACAGAGAAUACAGGAACAGGCUGUUCAGUAUCAAGCAGCUAUGGAAUAUGUCCAAAAAGCAGACCGAAGGAGUUUGUUGUCUGAAAUUCAAGCACUGCGUGCUCAAAUGAAUGGUAGGAAAAUGACCCUGAAAAGAGAGCAGGAGAGUGAUAACCCUGGCCAAGAACUCUUGGAAUAUAACGUGCAACAGAAGCAGUCUCAGAUCCUGGAGAUGCAAGUGGAGCUCAGCAGUGUGAAAGACAAAGCAACCGAACUUCAGGAACAGCUGAGCUCGGAAAAAAUGGUGGUUGCUGAGCUAAAAAGUGAACUUGCACAAACGAAAUUGGAACUAGAAACAACACUCAAGGCACAGCAUAAGCACCUGAAAGAAUUAGAAGCAUUCAGAUUGGAAGUUAAAGAUAAGACAGACGAAGUACAUAUGCUUAAUGAUACAUUAGCAAGUGAACAGAAAAAAUCAAGAGAGCUCCAAUGGGCUUUGGAGAAAGAGAAAGCCAGGCUGGGACACAGUGAAGAGAGGGAGAAAGACGAACUCGAGGAUCUGAAGUUUUCGCUUGAGGAUCAGAAACAGAGGAAUACUCAGCUAACUCUGCUUUUGGAACAACAGAAACAGCUGCUAACAGAAUCACAGCAGAAAGUGGAAUCACAAAGAAUGCUCCAUGAUGCCAGGUUAUCAGAAGAACAAGGCCGAAACUUGGAGCUGCAAGUCCUCCUCGAUUCCGAGAAAGUCCGGAUUCAGGAGCUGAGUGGUGCCCUAGCGAGGGAGCGGGAGCUGCGGGCCCAGCUGCAGAGCAGUGACCAGGCUGGCCAGCCGCGUCCGCCCCUGCCCUCCGAGGACCUCCUGAAGGAACUGCAGAGGCAGCUGGAGGAGAAACACAGCCGUAUAGUAGAACUGUUAAAUGAGACUGAAAAAUACAAGCUGGACUCGUUGCAAACAAGACAGCAGAUGGAAAAGGACAGACAGGUUCAUAAGAAGACACUGCAGACGGAACAGGAGGCCAACACUGAGGGCCAGAAAAAGAUGCGUGAACUCCAGUCUAAAGUGGAAGAUCUUCAGCGCCAGCUAGAAGAGAAAAGGCAGCAAGUCUAUAAGUUAGAUCUUGAAGGAAAGCGACUACAAGGAAUUAUGCAGGAAUUCCAAAAGCAGGAACUGGAACGGGAAGAAAAAAGAGAAAGUAGACGAAUUCUGUAUCAGAAUCUUAAUGAGCCAACCAGUUGGAGCUUGACUAAUGAUCGGACUCGAAAUUGGGUUCUUCAGCAGAAAAUAGAAGGAGAUACAAAAGACUCAAACUAUCCUAAACUGACGGUCAUGAAUGGAGGAGAAACGAACUACAAUCACGAAUUAGAAGUGGUCAGACAGAAGCUCGAGCGUGCGGCUUCGAGCCUGCACCAUCUGUCCCAGAAAGCCUCUGACAGGCUACAAUUUGAAACAGCAGAUGAUGAAACUUUCAUUUGGAUUCAGGAAAAUAUUGAUGGAAUUAUUUUACAACUACAGAAAUUCAUUGGCCAGCCAGGUGAAGAGCCCAGCUCGGUGUCCCCAAGUGCUUCCUGUGGCUCAUUGACUGAGCGGCUGCUGAGACAGAAUGCUGAGCUGACGGGACAUAUCAGCCAGCUGACGGAAGAGAAGAAUGGUUUGAGGAACACGGUAAUGAAGCUAGAAGAUCGGAUAAGGUGCUACCGACAGGCUGGAGCUGCCGGAGACUGCUCUUCCAGGUUUUCAUUUGGUGCUGGUGCCAACAUUGACGCCAUCAUUGCUUCCGAAAAAGAAGUGUGGAGCAGAGAGAAAGCGACUCUCCAGAAAUCCUUGAAAAGGGCGGAGGCAGAAGUGUAUAAACUGAGAGCUGAACUGAGAAAUGAUGCUCUGCUCCAGAACCUGAGCCCUGACUCUGAUCAUGUCACCUUAAAGAGGAUUUAUGGUAAAUACUUGAGGGCAGAAAGCUUUCGCAAAGCUCUUAUUUAUCAGAAGAAAUACCUGCUGCUGCUACUGGGCGGGUUCCAAGAGUGCGAAGACGCCACCCUGGCACUGCUUGCCCGCAUGGGGGGCCAGCCGGCCUUCACCGACCUCGAGGUGAUCACCAACCGCCCCCGGGGCUUCACCAGGUUCCGUUCCGCUGUCAGAGUGUGCAUCGCCGUCUCCAGAUUUGAAUCAGACCAUGAACUAGUUCAGAUAUACACCCAAGAUCACAGAAGACACGAUGUGUUUGAAGGCCUACCCCGAGGACAGCAUACAUUUCUUCUCUCACUGCUUGUGUAACUCAGCGGUGGUGCCCAGCCAGGGAACACGCUCGUGGCCUUCAGGCAGGGGCGCGGCUGGCGCCUUCUCCCUGGCAGCGUCAAGCCGGCAGCUUUGGUGUUCGCGCUCUGUGGUUGAAAGGGAGUGAAGACUCCAAGACCCUCGGCGUCCUGGCCGGCUACAGUCUCUGGCCAGUCAGCGCGUGGCGGACACCUGCGCUUCUGCACGGGUCUCCUCCCUCUCACUUCUCCAGGGCCAGGGGCCUGGAGCAGUUUUGUUUUUCACACCUGCACCCACCAGGUCACUUUAGAUGCUUCUUUAAGGGCCUUUGCUCUCCUUUGUUUUGGGGUUUUUUUUCCCUUUUCAGAGAAAAAUAUGGCACACUUUAACUGGAAGCUGUGCAUGAUUGCUCGCCCAGAGUCUCAACGACCGGAAAGAGGCAGGCGAGGUUACAAGCCCAGCGGGGCAGCCAGCCAGUGCCCCCCCAGACCUGCUCGUGCUGGCUCUUGCGUCUCGUCACUGCUUCCCACGCCCCCCACCCUUCUGCUCCGCAGCACACGGCUCCCACGCCCCCUCCCUCCAUUCCCUUCGUCCCCUGCGCGGUGCACCCCCAGGCUAAGUGCUGGGAGAUGCAGUGAUGAGAAAGACCAGUGUCUGCCUGAAAGCCGUGCUUUCCGUGGGGCAGAGCAGUGCUCAGAUGUAGAAAAGCCCCAGUGGAGGUCACCAGUCGUCUUGAUUGGAGGAAUUUAAGGACGCUCCAUGGAAACAGGGUAAAGUGGCUAUUCUACCACCCUGUUUCUUGUCCUUUUAUGUUCCUAAAACUGAACAGUAGUGAGGCACGGUGGCACACGUCUGUAAUCCCAGCAUUCAGGAGACCGAGGCAGGAGGACUGCCACAGUUUGAGGCCAGCCUGGACUACAUAGUGAGAUCCUGUCUCAAAAACCCCCUGAAGCUUAAAACUAGAAUUAAGAAGUCAGAGCUGGCACUCCAGUGUAUCCUGUGCAUCCAGAUGACCCAAGCAGCUGCCUCACCGGUUCGUGACACUAAGAAUCCCGUUCCUUCAGACAGCACCGGUUUUGUUGCUGAUGGCACGGCCUCACCCCACACCUAGCAGUCCCAGCUCACUCUCACCGCCGAUUUAAGGGUCCUUUUGUCCUCUUCCCUCCUGCUCUUUCGUUCUCCGUUCUGUUCUCAUUACUUCCUGCUUUCCCUGCUUAUCCAUUGUUUUCUUCUCUACUUUUGCCCUCUGUCUCGUGUCAUCUAUCCCUGCAGCCAGAACCUGAUGCUGGGAAGGGUGGUGACCUCUGCUGGCCCUUGGGACUUGCAGCACUGCUCCCUGGCGGUUGAUUUUGCUACAAGCCUGGGACAUUUACGUAGUUCUAGAAUAGGGGAUCGUGUGAUAUUUAAAUUUGCUCUGUGUCCAUCUUUAACUGACAAUUUUUGUGGAAGGUUUGUAUUUAUACUCUGUCGAUGUGCUGUGAAAUUUCAUUUCGGGAUCUU